UUAGUAAAAUACGCAACUACCCUAAGAUAACUUCAAAAUCCCGACAUUGCCCUUCUCUAGGGUGUCUCCAUCCAUCGUUUUUCAGUUGUGAUUCCAGUUCUUGAUACAGUUUGUGCCGCCGCGUCUUCGCCGUCGUGUUUUUCUUCUCACUUCCAAUUACGCCGUCGUGUUCUCCAUUCUUCAAUUUCAACAAUGUGGCGUUCACAGGUGCGUUCAUUUUCCACACGCGUGUCUCACUCGCACCACAACAACCACCGCGAAAACCACAAAUUCCUCUCACCAAGUUCCUUUGUUGGAAGCUGGCAAACUCCGAAGGACCCUAAGGAAGCCGAAGCAAUGCUGGCUCAGCUUCGGAGAGACUACGCGAAGCAGGUGAAAGAGGUUCGGAAGGAGUACAUCAGAGAAAUGGAGGCUAUGAAAUUGGAGAAGCAACGGAAGGAUGAGGCUAGGAGGGAAUCGCUUAGAGUCGCUAACGAAGAGCGGAAGAAACUGAAGGCUCAGGCUGCUGAACUCAGAGCUCAAGAACGUAACAUUGCUCAACAACAAUUUCGAGAAACCCUUAUCAAGGAGCUCACUAUGAUUCUUCGAAACUCAUUGUGUAUUCAAACAAUUAAGAGUCUCACAUCGACCAAUAUAUGGCAUGAACAUGUGCUAAUAAAUUAAAAGAAAGAGCAGAGAAACUUGAAAAUUGGAGAACGAAAGUCAAAAUACAUGAAGAGAAGAAGACCGGGAAGAAAGAAUUGUUGCAUAAACGAAGUUCAUUGUGGGUUGAUGAAGCCGAACUCGAGAAGGAAAUAACAAAUGUUGUAAUCGCUACGACAUAUCUUUGAGCCCCUUGCAGUUUCAUAUCUCUACUUGUUCGUAGAAUCUGGUUCUUUGUUCAAAGAAAGCCUCUGAGAAAUCAUUCUUGCAUGUAGUGUAUCAUAAAUGUUGUUCUACACAAGUUGCGUGAUAAAUCAUGAAGUACAAACCAUGCUGCAUUUCUUUUAAGUGACUUGGUAGAAAGAACAAGCAAGUGGUGGAUUUGGUGCAGAUGCAAAAACAUUUAUUUAUUUAGCUUUGGUCUGAUGUUUUAUUAAUUCACACAGGUUGUUUGAUUCA